AUGGAGAGGAGAACGCUUCUCCUGGAGCUGAUAGGGAUGCUCACGCUGCUGCCUAAGACGGAGGCGGGCCAUAUUCCCAUACAGAGUUUCGGGUGUCGGUGGCAGUCAUGCAGAGAUCGCUUGAUAUGCGGCUUUGAACAGUUUGGACCGGCGACUAGGUGGGGAAAUAUCCAAAACAAUCUGACCUUGGAUGAUACGGCAACAGUACGGUGCCAUGAGGCGGGCUACAAUGGAACUGAGAUUCGGUGCCUCUUUGAGGGGCUCCGCGAGACAACAUUUGACCAGAUUGAUAGUCACAAUUUCAAGCUUUGCCUGGUGAUCUCUCAAGAAAUGCAGAUUGAGGAGUUUAACCAGACAUUAGGGCAGAUGGAAGUGCCGGAUUGGAAUGCUGAUACUCAACAGAACGUGACCUUGACCCUUCCUCAACGUCCUCCGCAGGUUAAGGAUUUGUAUUACGAUAAGGAAAAGGAAGAGCUGCACAUUUACUGGCAGCCUCUGGAUGUGUGGGAGUACUGUUCAACGGAGAUGCGGUACACGGUAGCUUCAAGCAGUGGCCUGAUACCUUCGGUAGUCGGUCGCGAUUUUGCCAUCUUUACCGGUUGGAACCCCGAGCUGCCGGCCAACCUCACCAUUCGUAGUGAUAACUCCCUAGGAAGCUCGAGGAGCAGCAGCCCCCUGAAGGUGCCGAUCCUUACCAAUGCUUACCAAAGACAGCCUCAAAAAGUGCUUUACGACGACAGCAUUAAAAGCAUCCGCUGGGAUGAGCCCAAAGAGAAGGAUAAGCUCGCCGGUUAUACCAUUUACUGGUGCCUCAAAUCCAGCACAAACUGGAGCAACUGCGACGACAGAGAACCCAUGCAAUCUGUGAGCCUGGAAAAUGAUCGGAGUAGUUUUCAGUUUGGCCAGUCCAAGACGCUCUACCGCACAGCAGUGGCGGCCAAUUAUAGCGACGGGACCAGCGGAGGUUUGGUCUGGAGCACUCCCGCGCCUUCCCAUGGUAUGGCGUAUUUGGUGGCCAUCGUUGGCUCUGUCAUGCUCAUUGUCCUUGCAUUGUAUGCCCUUAGUUUGAAAAUGUAUCAUAAGAUACAAUACAUGGCGAGCAUAGAAGUUGAACUUCCACCUUUCCAACUCAUGAACACAAAAGAAAAACUCAAAAUGGAUCAUAGUUCUCCAUACGAGGGUACUAUCCGUCCAGAAAUUAUUGAAAAAGUUUUAGUUAAAGACGGAUCUUUGGUCAUGGAUUCCAGGCAACCGAAGACAGAUGCUUCGCCUCCUGUCCCGUCUGCCUAUAGAAGCUCUCCAUUAGCAGUUGAUUAUAUUCAUUUAAGUUAAUAGAAAAUAAAA